CUCGAAUCGAAGCAAGUCAAGACUCAAGAGGUUUGUAUUGUUUGGUCCCGUGCGCUCAAACUGCUCGGACACGCUGUGCCUCGAUAAAUUGGCAAUCACCCAUCUUUCUUCCUUUUUUCUCUCUUCCAUUCAAUUCUGCUUCUAAACCGGCGACUAUGGCUGCCAAUUUCUGGACUUCAACUCACUACCAACAAUUGAUGCACCCAGAAGAUGUAGAUGUUGUCCAGCAACUUGACAGAGAUCGUGGGAUUACCCUUGAUGAUUUCAAGCUCGUUAAGAUGCAUAUCUCCAAUUAUAUUACAAAGAUGGCUCAGCUUGUGAAAGUAAGGCAAAGGGUUGUUGCUACUGCCAUCACAUAUAUGAGACGUGUUUAUACCAGGAAGAGUUUGACAGAAUUUGAUCCACGUCUAGUUGCAUUAACUUCCUUGUACUUGGCUGCAAAAGCUGAAGAGAGUACUGUACAGGCUAGACUCCUGGUAUUUUACAUCAAAAAAAUAUAUCCUGAAGAUAUACGAUACCGAUUUGACAUCAAAGAUAUCCUGGAAAUGGAAAUGAAGAUUUUAGAAGCCCUAAACUACUAUUUAGUUGUAUUUCAUCCUUAUCGUUCACUUACUCAAUUUCUCCAAGAUGCUGGUAUGAUGGACCUAAUGCAGUUCACUUGGGGAAUUGUCAACGACACAUAUAAGAUGGAUCUUAUUCUAAUCCAUCCUCCACAUUUGAUCGCAUUGGCAUGCAUAUACAUAGCUAGUGUGUCAAAAGAUAAAGAUAGUGUUGCUUGGUUUGAAGAGCUUCGAGUUGACAUGAAUGUGGUGAAGAACAUCUCAAUGGAGAUACUAGACUUCUAUGACAGCAUGAAGAAUAACAUUGAAGAAAGGGUCAACGUUAUAUUCGGCAAGCUGCCUUCAAGAUCAUAACGAUUCAGCCAGACCAGUGAUUCUCAGUAGUUUUGUUUAUGCUCGUGAUAAGAUUUAGCUGUAGUUUUGUGUAGAUUGAUAGAAAUUCACCUGUUAUCUCUAAAGUGAGCAUGUAGAUGCGUAGAGCCCUUGCGUUUUUCUGGAUAAUGUUCAAUUGCAACCAUGAGGCAUGUUGCCAAUCAAUUGACCAUCACACAAUAAUUUGAUUAAUUUCUCUGUUCUCUCAUCUGAUUUUGUUAAUAUAUUGUCAAUUGUAGGUUGUGAGA